AUGAGUUCUCCCGGCACGGAGAGCUCCGGCAAGAGCUUGCAGUACCGGGUGGACCAUCUCCUGAGCGCGGUGGAAAACGAGCUGCAGGCUGGCAGCGAGAAGGGAGACCCCACGGAGCGGGAGCUACGAGUCACUCUGGAGGAGAAUGAGCUGUGGCUGCGCUUCAAGGAGCUCACCAACGAGAUGAUCGUGACCAAGAACGGCAGGCGGAUGUUCCCCGUGCUGAAGGUGAGCGUGUCCGGCCUGGACCCCAACGCUAUGUACUCCUUCCUGCUGGACUUCGUGGCCGCCGACAAUCACCGCUGGAAGUACGUGAACGGGGAGUGGGUCCCCGGGGGCAAACCCGAGCCGCAGGCCCCGAGCUGCGUCUACAUCCACCCGGACUCGCCCAACUUCGGAGCGCACUGGAUGAAGGCGCCCGUUUCCUUCAGCAAAGUCAAACUCACCAACAAGCUCAAUGGAGGGGGGCAGAUCAUGUUGAACUCCUUGCACAAGUAUGAGCCUAGGAUUCAUAUAGUGAGAGUUGGUGGCCCUCAGCGUAUGAUAACCAGCCAUUCCUUCCCAGAGACCCAGUUUAUAGCUGUGACAGCUUAUCAGAAUGAGGAGAUCACAGCUUUAAAAAUUAAAUACAAUCCAUUUGCAAAGGCUUUCCUUGAUGCAAAAGAAAGAAGUGAUCACAAAGAUAUGAUGGAUGAAGUUGGAGACAAUCAACAGUCUGGGUAUUCACAGUUAGGUGGCUGGCUUAUUCCUGGAACUGGGAGUCUGUGCCCCCCCUCCAAUCCUCAUGCUCAAUUUGGAGCACCUCUAUCACUGUCCUCUGCUCACAGCUGUGAAAGAUUCUCAUCGCUGAGGAAUCAUCGUUCUGCCCCUUACCCCAAUCCAUACGCCCAUAGAAACAACUCUCCAACCUAUGCUGAUAAUUCCUCGGCCUGUCUUUCCAUGCUCCAAUCCCAUGACAACUGGUCCAGUCUAGGAGUUCCCACACACACUAGUAUGCUGCCCAUGAGUCACAGCACUGGCACAUCUACCAGCUCCAGUCAGUAUCCCAACUUGUGGUCUGUGAAUAACAGCACCAUCACACCCGUGUCUCAAUCAGGUGGGAUGUCCAAUGGACUGAGCUCCCAGUUUUUGCGAGGCUCUCCAGCACACUACCCACCCCUUCCUCACUCUGUCACUGCCUCCUCCUCGGGAUCUCUGCUGUAUGACGCUGGCACACCAACAGACAUUUCUGACAGUCAGUAUGAUACCUCUGCACAUAAUAGGCUGGCAUCCACAUGGACUCCUGUCACACCACCUUCCAUGUAA